CGGUGUUUCCGAUUUGUUUUGGUAUUUAGUUUCUUUCUCGAUCUUGUUGGUAUAAUCAAAUAAACACUCGGGAUGGGAUAUGGAGAUGUGGAGAAAAGGAAUUUUUUUUUUUUGCGUUUUUUUGGAAGGUUACCUGAGCCAUGUCGGCGUUGCGUGUCGCACAAAGGCGAUUUCAUAAAGGGCCAUUGUCGGACUGACCAUCGACCAGUGAAACGCGAAACCCCGCUUCCCCCCUUUUUUUCCCAUCAGGACCCGAGGAGGAAAGAAAAGCUAAAUAAGCCUCAGUUCAUUUCCACUGGACCCACACGGAGCUGCGCAGAGGUGAAGAGUGCAAGCCCAAAAAAAGCGCCUAUAUUCAUACAUUUUUCUGCACGCUCUCGUGCCAGAUGGAAAGAUAACAUACGCGCGUUAUUACGCACAGCAGAAAGGCUUCAUAGCGUUUUUCAGGUUAUCUUUUUUUUAUUUUGGCACGUCUGCGUAACGCGCUGUAAAUCGGAUUUCAGCGCAUUUUAAGCAGCUUGUUCAAGCCAAAAAAAAAAAAGGAUGGAGUGAUGUAUGGUGUUGGAUGAAUAUCUGGCAACGCCGGUUCCUCCAAGUCGCUAAAGAGGACUGAAACUCGACCUCCAGCUCCUAAUCUGCAGAUUUACAGGUGGAAGAAGGAGGGGGUAUAUAGGUAGAUUUCAGCGAACAAGAACCGGAUGCUGGAAACGCGCUCUUACAAACACCUUAGCAGACAUCUCCAAUCACACCAAUUAGCGCGUUUGGAUUGCAGGACACCAUGGUGGAGCACAGCGGGCCCGAUGUAAAGUUUGUAAACAAGUACUGUCCCAGUUCGUCUUCAGCCUCCUCAUCCUCCUCAUCAUCAUCCACUUCCUCGGCGCGCGAGAUGAAGAUUUUGGCUACACUGCGCGGCAGCCUGAGUCGGAAGUACCCGCAGAAGAACGGCGAGGUCCUGAGCGCGCAGUACGGCAUCAACCUGCUGCUCGUGGGUCUCGCGCUCAUGCUCGCGCUCGCGUACCAGGGACCGACCGUGACCGAGGAGACGGUGCUGUCCUUCCUGUCCACGCUCAUGCUCGUGCAGCUGCUGUGGAUGAUCUGCUACGUGGUGCGCCUGGAGCGCAAGCGCAACGCGCCGCCGGAGAGAGACGCGAACGCGGCCACCAGCUGGAUACGAGGUGGUCUGACUCUGCUGGCUUUGCUCUCGCUCAUCACAGAUGCUUUCCGUGUUGGGAAUUAUGUAGGCUAUCAGGAGUGCGUGUCUCCUGUGCUGGGCGUCUACCCGGUCAUACAUGCACUUCAUACAGUGUCACAGGUUCAUUUCCUCUGGUUUCAUGUAAAGGAUGUCAUCAAGCGCUAUGAAACAUUCGAGAGGUUUGGCGUGAUUCAUGCUGUGUUCACUAACCUGCUCAUUUGGAGUAACGGAGUGAUGACCGAAGCCGAACACGCUCUUAAUGACCACAAGAGACGGUUAUCAGCAGUUGGAUUCUACAACUUUACUGUCGGGGAGGGCAAUCAGCCUAACUGCAACUGUACCACCAGUGCAUGUUCGAUGUUCAGCAGCAGUCUGUACUAUCUCUGUCCCUUCAAUAUCGAGUACCACAUCUUAGUCUCUGUGCUUCUUUUCGUCAUGUGGAAAAAUGUCGGUCGAAACCUUGACCAACGCACCAAUCAAAAGCCCGCCUCAUCCUCAAAGUUCAUAAACGGCUCAGGAGACAGACCCCUCCUGAUGCUUGGGCCAGCGCUCGGGCUUCUGGCGCUUGCCAGUGCCAUCACGGUGCUCGUCAUCUACAUCAUCCACGUGGAGGAAUCACUUGAGGCGCGCCAUGCAGCCAUCUCCAUGUUCUACUGGUUCGAAAUCGUCAUUCUGGCAUGCAUGAGUGUCGCCGGCGCUGUCGGCUUGGUCAUCUACCGCCUCGAGGAUUGGCCCACGGACACAACACCAAAUCCAGCCAGGACGCUCGAUUCUAAGUUGCUGCUCGGCUCUUCCAUUGGCUCCUGGCUCGUCUGCUGGUGCAGCGUCAUCGCCACGGGUGGGGCUGCCAAUUCACCUAUCUACCGAUGGGCCAAUUUAGCAUAUGCCAUACUUUUAGUUUUGGAGAAGUGCGUGCAGAACCUGUUCGUCAUCGAGUCGCUUUACAGGCGACGACGCGAGCAUGAAGAUCGGCCUGGCCUCCGCGCCAACCAUAACUCCAUCCUAAGCCCGAAUCAAGGAAACGAGAAAAUCUUUGCCGUGUACGAUGGAAUCAUUAACCACGCAUACGAGUCACCGGAAAAACAGUGCGAGAACGAAAAGCAAACUUUCGACAGGAACAACGGGACCGUUUUGCGCCCUCAUGAACUCGUAGUGCCUGAGACGCCCAACGGACAGAGGCAGGUCCUGAAAAACAUCGCUAUCUUCCUGUUUAUGUGCAACAUUUCGCUCUGGAUCCUUCCUGCAUUCGGAUGCCGUCCACAGUUUGACAACGGUUUGGAGGAACAGUCGUUCGGAUUCCCCAUCUGGAGCACGGUGCUGAAUUUCGCCCUUCCCAUGAGCCUCUUCUACCGCAUGCACUCCGUCGCUGUCCUCUUCGAAGUUUUCCGGAAAAUUUAGGCCCCGCCUCCAUACCUGUGUGGUGUUUCUUUUGCAGACACUAUCAACCGUUCCCUCCAUUAAGUUCUCAGAACCAGGGGUACCUUCUUUUAAAAAAAAAUACCCUUUUUCUCAUAUAUCCUCCUCAAUAAUAAGAUGAAGAAGACGAUGAUCAGUAAUGAGGAUGUAUGAAUGUAUUAGUCAACUAUUCAGCUAUGUUUGGAUAGGAAGCACAGCUCUUGGCUUCUCUCUUCUGUGAUGAUGAAAUUCUUGAGUAUUCUGUCCAUCACUGGACAAAAAGCAUAACUAUUGGCACUAUCUCGACACUUUUGCCACACUUGAUUUCUCCUGGCUGCGAUUUAACAGAACGUUUAUUAAUUUUGAUGAGAUGAAAAAGCAAGAGCUUGCUUUCUCUUUAUAGUAGUUAUACUAAAAGUCUAUAUAUAUAUACAGUAUGUUUUCGAUUUGUGUUUGGUCAGAAAGCCAUCUGUUUUAUUUUCUGUCCACUGAACUAAAUGGUGAGAUCUUUUGGGUCCUUUUUUCGCCUUCUGUUGGACAGAAGACAAACCUUUGGCCUUCAGAAUGAAAAGCGUGUCGAUUUCCUCCUCCAGUGAGAAGAAUCCUAUAUUUCUGAAACAGACGACACACCCUUUCAGAGACUCGCACACACUCUGCAACACACUCGUCAAAUCAUUACUCGGCUCCACAGGUGCUCUUACACCACAGGUGUUCUCUCAGUGCUCAUUGGUGCUAACUCUAAAACACAAAACUCCAACCAGCAAAGGACAAACACAGAUCUAAGGGAACGAUUUCAUUCCUGAGCACCAGAGUGAGCAGGGCUGGAGGAGUGUCUACACACACAUCAGGUCUUCUGACAAUCCUAACCUUUUAAACUCCCGGUUUUGUGAGCGAGUUCUUCAUAUUAAAGCAUAUUAUUCAUUCCUUACAAUUUAUUACUCAGUGUAGAAAAGCAGUUAGGAAGGAAAUGUAGCAGGGUUAGUCUGGGCUUUUCAGGGAGUCUAGUGGGUUUCAUUUCUUCCCAAUUUCUGGUGCUGGUUAAUAUCUCAGCACUCCAUUCUGGAGUUUUUUUUGUUUUCAUUUGAAUCACUUGAAUCUCUGCUAUUGUUCUCAUUACCUGGGAGAAACGUUACGAUGCAAGCUGUACAAUGUAUUAGCUGUGUGCUCUCUCCCUCUCUCUCUUUCAUAUGAGAAAUUCACAUCUCAUGAAAAUCAGCCACGGCUUCUCCUUAGCCAUUUCUACUUCAGAUGUCUUUCUGUAAUAGAAAAAGAACAACAACACUGUUAUGACUUUUUUUGCGAAGGAUCAUGGAUCAUGUUCUCUUGUGCGUCUCGGUGCCAGUGAUGCUGAAGACUUGAAUUUUUUCUACGAGAGACCACAGCCAUGCACACAGCACUAUAGCGAAUUAUUUUGUUUGUUUGUUUAAUGUGUGAAGCUUUAAGGUGUUAUUUGAAUUCUUUCUGCACACUUUGUCACACAGAACAUGUCUCGCAUGAGAAACGCACCAGUGCUUUGGAUUUAUGUAGGUCUGACAUAAGCCUUGAGAUAUGGUUUUACAUUUAUUUCAAUUUCAUUAGAGAAGAAGUAGUUUGGUCCGGGUUUCUGAAUGGACAGUAUUCAACUAUGCACAGUUUUAACUUAUAUGAAGAAACAGUUCUGAGGUAAAAAUUUGAUUUGGGACAAAUUCAUUCAAUUAUUAUAUUGAGUUGAAGUUAAAACUCAUGAUUCAGAUUGAUUCCCUUUUGGAAAUGGAACUCUUUGUUUUGUUCUUUUGCAUACGUUUAUAAGUAUCAAACAUGAUUAAUGAGCAAUACGAAAUAAAGCAAUGAAAUGAAA